UGUGGGCGGCGUCGUGUGGCGGAACUCGUCUCGCUCUGCGUUGGGGGAGCGGCGGGGUGCGCGCCGUCCUCGCAGCCCCGGCCCCACAGGGAGCCCUCCGACCCCACAGGGAACCCCCCGGCCCCGCGGGGAGCCCUUCUCCUCAUAGGAACCCCCCCCCCGGCCCCACAGGGACCUCCCCCAACAGGGACAUCCCUCUCACAGGGCUCUCCCUGGCCCCGCGGGGAUUUUUGCCCCCCCACCAGGCCUCCCCCCAGCCCAAAUCCCCCCUUUCCAACCUCCCCCCGGCCCUGGUCCCCCCCUUUCUAAGCCCACCCCCCUCCUGCCUCUCCUCAGGGCCCCUGUGUGUGUGUUUUGGGGGGCAGCGCCUCCCUUGCCUGCUCUCUUCCCCCCCUUCCCCUCCCUCGCACCCACGGGCACCCCUGUUCCCGCCCCACACACACUUCUUUUACACUUUGCAAUUAGAGUAAACCAGAAAGGUCCUAGGUAGCAGAAGGGUUACCCUCCUCCUCCUCCUCCUCCCCACCCCUUAAGGGGCGGUGAUAGCGGUGGAGAGGAAGAAAAGGAUGCCACGGAAGCUGUUGUUGCCUUAUAAAUCUGUUUUUUCUCACUUUCGAGCUCCAAGGGGUUUGCAUGAUUCCUUGGCAAUGAACGCGGCCAGAAGUGGCUACCGGGUCUUCUCGGCAAACUCCACGGCAGCCUGCACCGAGCUGGCAAAGAGGAUCACAGAGCGUCUUGGUGCUGAGUUGGGAAAAUCUGUGGUGUACCAGGAAACCAAUGGAGAAACAAGAGUUGAAAUAAAAGAAUCUGUCCGGGGACAGGAUAUCUUCAUUAUACAGACGAUCCCCAGAGAUGUGAAUACUGCUGUAAUGGAGCUGCUGAUAAUGGCUUAUGCACUGAAGACCUCCUGUGCCAGGAACAUCAUUGGGGUCAUCCCUUACUUCCCCUACAGCAAACAGAGCAAGAUGAGGAAGAGGGGCUCUAUUGUUUGCAAGCUGCUGGCUUCAAUGCUAGCCAAGGCAGGUUUAACACACAUUAUCACUAUGGACCUUCAUCAAAAGGAAAUCCAAGGCUUCUUCAGCUUUCCAGUAGACAACCUGAGAGCCUCCCCUUUCCUUCUUCAAUAUAUACAGGAAGAAAUUCCAGAUUACAGAAAUGCCGUUAUUGUAGCCAAAUCUCCUGAUGCAGCAAAAAGGGCUCAGUCUUAUGCUGAGAGAUUGCGGCUGGGACUAGCAGUGAUACAUGGAGAGGCUCAGUGCACAGAGCAGGACAUGGAUGAUGGUCGUCACUCCCCCCCGAUGGUCAAAAAUGCAACUGUGCAUCCUGGUCUGGAGCUGCCAUUGAUGAUGGCCAAGGAGAAACCGCCAAUAACUGUGGUUGGAGAUGUUGGAGGAAGAAUUGCCAUCAUUGUGGAUGACAUCAUUGAUGAUGUGGAGAGCUUUGUAGCUGCUGCAGAAAUCCUGAAAGAGCGAGGAGCCUAUAAGAUAUUUGUGAUGGCUACUCAUGGGCUCCUGUCUGCAGAUGCCCCCCGUCUAAUAGAGGAAUCCUCCAUCGAUGAGGUGGUAGUAACCAACACGGUUCCUCAUGAGGUGCAGAAGCUGCAGUGCCCCAAGAUAAAGACUGUGGAUAUCAGUUUGAUCCUCUCUGAAGCCAUCCGACGAAUCCACAACGGGGAGUCCAUGGCCUAUCUCUUUCGCAACAUCACUGUUGAUGACUAGAUCUGACGCUGCCCCUGUCCUGGCUUCCACAAGAGAAGGAAAUAUGCAUGAAAAGGCAAUACCAUAAAUUAUAGACAUAACACAACUGUUUAUUCUUGUAGGGAGGGUAAAGGUUUUCAGGGACUUGAGCCAUGAGAUCCAGCAGAAAAAAAAUCAACUUGACCAGCACUUUAUAGGUGAACAGAAGAGGCCACUGGCAGGGGGGAGGAUUAUACCUUGAGAAAGAGAAAGAAAUAAGAAGGCUUUGAGUUUUUAAGUUCUUUUAAUUUUUUUGUAGUGUUUUCUCUUGCCCUUUUAAAAAAAGAACAAAACAAAAAUAAAGGAGAACAACUGUUAACUCGUGAGAGAGGAAUGGGGAAUGUUCAUCGCUGCAUGUGAACAGCAGGAGGAAACAGCCUUUGGGUUUCUGUUUCUGUCUCUGACUUGCCUGAGAGAGCACAGAAGGGAAUGCUUCAUUUAGGCAGCUAAGCUAGGCUGCUUGCUGCUGGCAGAGCUAAUCAGCAGAGCAGAGCCUUGCCAACUUAGAGGCCUUGAAUCUCUCAUACAGCAUAGCAAGUGCUUUCAUCAAAACCAGGUUAGCGGAACAUGCAGAAAGGGCAGCUCAGGGCAACCCAUUCGGAGGGUAUCCUCGUCUCUAGGGGUUGGCAACAAGUUCACAUGCAGCUCUCGGCAGGGCAAGAGACUCUAGACAAUGUGCUGGCCUUUUCAUUUUGUGAGCCUGGGAUCAUUAUUGUGCUUCAGUGGCAAGUCACAUGAGGAUCUAGGUCCUCACUUGAACGCUUAUCUGCACUGCGAAGCCAGCCACAAUUUCUGGAGUUGAUAAAAUUGUGGCAGACUCUCAUGGGGAAGGGAAGUUGGAACAACAUCUGCCUCUAAUGCGACUGUGCUUUCCAAAACACUAACGCUGAACCUGCAAUAAAAAGCAUAGGAUUUUUCCUUUUUGGUGCUCCCUGUGAACCCUUUGCCUUCUGAGCAGCUGCUGUGUCUGUACCAUGGGGCUGUUGCUGUAAAUAGGCUCGCUUGGCAGCUUGCAGCCGCCUUCCACAGCGAAGCAGGACUCGCUGCUUGCUCUUUUCUCAAGUGACACUAAUCCUUGGCUGGAGGGGACACUUGAGAAAGCAGCAGAAAGUGCUUGUGAAUUGUGGCAGGCUUUUGUUGUCUCCAGGAAGAUACAAGGAUGAAUUCCCAAGCCGUGAUAUUCGUCCUUGAUGAGACAGGCUAACGCACUCCAGUAAAACCUAUCAUAUUUUCCAGCCUGCUGGUGUAAGGAACAAAUCCUGCCAGAGGCAAUUGCCUAAGAGAACAGUGCUGAUGGAUGGCGCUCUCUAGCAGGCAUUUUUUUUUUUUUUUAGUUCCACUCAUCCUUCAGCUUCUGCCUACAUCCUUCUCUUCCACUCCAGCAUCCAAAAUCCAAAUGGUGCCCAGGGGCAAGCAGUGAUACUGUGAGAGCAGGAAGAGCCUUGAGCACUAGGCAAACAAACAUUCCUUGGUAGCAGGGGAGUUUGUGUUGCAGGGCUAAUGUCCUGUCUCUUUGCCAGUGAGGGUGCGUGAAAGCCCAAACCUGAGAGCAGUUGGGUCUUCUGUGGUAUCCAGCACUAAUUAAACCUUUAAGCUAGAUCCCAUGAGCAGUACACAGGCCUAGAACUGGUCUUUUGGCUAGUGAUGGUUUUACUGCAUUUUCAGAGUAUUACAGACAAGUUGCAGCUGUGCUCUGUGAUCACAGUGUGGCUCUUAGGCCUGAGGUUGUAACGUGUUACUGUAUUUUAAGUAUUAUGGAACAGAUUGACUGAGGCACGUGGAGUCCUUGCAAAAAAGCCUGUGUGCCUCGUUGUUCUGAGCCGGUACUGGACCAUGCUGUUCGUACCAGGAGCCAGUGUUGUACUCACCGGACCCCAAAUGGCCAGGGGAGCUGGUGGGUUGGGACAGGUGUCUGUUAGUUAGGACAUAGCACCUGCCUGAUUUAACCUGGCUUGGGUCUAGUCUGCCACCACAUCAGCAUUGAGCCGAGUCUCUCCUUUUUCAUUCUGCCCUGAAAUCCAGCCCUUGCCGUUGCCGUAACAGUGUGCUGAUGUGCACUUUCUGAAGUGAUCUGGCCCUUUGCCAUUUUCGGGGGUCUUACAGCUUUUUCUGCCAGUCCUGUUUGCUUUCUAGAAAGCUUGAAUGGUCCCUAUACGUAGACUUAAACCUUCUGAACUGGCAGCUUUGCCGGUUAUCAGAGUAAAGGCUUAGGAUCCCUCAUAAGAGGGUUAGCUGCUUGUCUCAGUACAUGUUCCCAUCUCUUAAUCUCUCUACUCCCUCUUUGAAUUCAGUCUUCACAGCUUGAAAGGGAAGGUCCACACACACAACAGAUCUAUAUGCUUUGUUUUUAAUGCCUGAAAACUGAUACCUUAUAUCUUUUAAAGGAGCAAGCUGAUCUAUUCUGUUUUCCGCUUGUCCACUCUGAUCCUUCCUUGGAAAUUGUCUUCGAGUGCCUCGCUGAAGGAGAGAGAUGUUAAUACUCUAAAUAACUGUGAUGGUCUGACUUUAUGGUUUAUAAGGGAAAAGAAGUUCUCGUUGAUUAUUUUUGUAAGUACUUGUUUGAUGGAUCACUCAGGUUCAAAGGUCUUCCCAGUGUUUGAAUAUUUUACUCCCAAGGAUUAUCUGGAAGCAUGUGUUUAUCUGCAUUUCUUUCUCCCUGCUUAUGUGGCUUUUGCUUCAGAGUGAGAUGGAGUUGCUAAGAAAUUUGUGUGUUGAUGCAGUUAGCAACAACCUUCCACCAUUCCCACCUCUGAGGCUGGGGGAGAGGGAAAAACUUGUCCUACUUUUGAUACCUCAAAAAAGAAAAAAAAAAUGAAGUACUUCCUCUCUGGGACUUGUCUCCUCAUGGAAAGUCUCAGAGUGGACCGUGCUGUGUGGCUUACAGAUAUCUUCCUUCUGCCCGUGGCUUAGUUGUUCUUUGCGGAGACAGCUCACCCCGUGAGGGAGCUGAGUCUUUCAAGUUGAACCUCUCUAAGCAGGGGCUGCAUUAAGCUGCUUUAAAAUGAUGGAUGUUACCAAUUACACUUAAAGUAUUAAAGUGGAAAAGAAUGCAAGGAACCCGUGGCACAUCUUCCAUGCAUAAGUUCAUGCCUUUUUCUGUCCAGGGCAGCGUGUGAGGACAGCUGUGGUUGGCGUGAGCACCUAGCCUUCGUGAAACCUGUCUGACCUAGAAUAUGCUGUUUAACUAUUUUCUCUGGGGAAAGUGACAGGAGUGCUUGUGGAUGUGUGUUAGAAACCUGUAGAGAAACUCCAAGCGUGGAUGCAAAUAAACUCUCUGAAUUCUCA